CCAGAUGGGCGAUUUUGGAGAUUUGAAAAGAAGAGAGAAGUGUGAAAUUCUUCUUCUUCGUCACAGAGCGCGUAGAGGAGGAGGAAGAAGAAGAAGAAGAUGGGAGAAGAGAAGCCUAUUAGGUUACUUAAUUUCGUCUCCGAGGAACAGUUAGAGGAAUCGAAGAAAGAAAGAGGGGAAAGAGUUGAAGAUGGCACAUUCCAGAGAGACAGGGCUUUGUACGAGAUAUUGAAAGAGAACAAAGACAAGAAGGAUGCUGAGUUUAACGAACGUUUCAAGCACAGACCACCCAAAGCUCUUGAUGAAGAUGAGACUGAGUUUCUUGAUAAACUCGAAAUGUCAAGGAAGCAAUAUGAACGGAAAUUAGCAGAUGAAGAGGAAGAACAGCUUCGUAGUUUCCAGGCAGCAGUUGCAGCACGAUCAGCAAUCCCUCAAGAGCCAAAAGAAGCUGCUCCUCCUCCACCACCACCUCCAACCACCAAAGAACAAAAGACAACGGGGAAGAGAAACGCUUCGACUCGUCCAUUUAACGCUAUCAUAAAAGUCAAGUCACAACCUAAGAAGGUCAAAGCGACGGAGGAUGAGAAGAAAGAUAUCUCAGGGAAUGGAAAACCGGAGACUUCUGCAAAGCCCAAUGUCACUCCCGUAGCUCUGCAAACAGGUUUAGCCUUAGUCUCGUAUAGUGAUGAAAGUGAAGAUGAUGCUUAACAUUUUUGUUUUAUUCUGUCCGAAGAAUCUAUAAACAUUCAUAAGACACCAUCUUUGAUAUUAACUUAAGUUCCAUGCUUUCCUUUCUC